AUGUGCUUGCCAAUUGGAACUUUGAAAUGUGUCGUUUCCUUAGAAGCUUGGAUUGUUAUGAUUUGUGGAAUAGCGGCCUUUAUAUUCACAAUGCUCUUGCAAAUACACUAUAGCUUAAUGCUUCAAGCGAACGAAGGAGAAUCUUGGAUGCUUUUUGGAUAGGGAAUGCUAACUGCUUUUUGGUUGUUUUCAUCGUAUAUAAUAAUAAAUGGAGUAUGUGGAAUUGUUGGUGGUUAACAAAAAAAACCAUGUUUAUUGUUGGUGUUUAAUGUUGGGAAUGUCAUAAUUAUAAUUGCAUUCGUUAUACUAAUGGCUAUAGGCUUUGUUUUGGCAGAUGAGGCCAAUAAACUUAUAGACAAAGAUUACUAAUAAAAUGAGAAUACUUGUCUUGAACAUAGAUUUUAAUUAAAUACCUUAGAUUGGGAAAGCAAAGACCUUCUAUGCUCUAUAGAAUGCCCGUGUUAUUACACAAAAUAGAAUGGAGAUUUGCCCAAAAAUAAAACUAAAUGGGGAGAUGAUAAAGAUCCCUCAAAACCUACUAAGGUAUAAGAUUGUGAACUGUAUUAAAAAACCCAAAAUACCACAGUCAAAUAUUUUUCAAAUUAUCUAGGAGAAAUCUAAAAAGAAACUGGUUGUACAGGAUGGUGUGUGCCAUAUUAAAUGCAAAUAUUCUAUGAUAUCAAUGUAAAGGUUGAAAAUGACUAGUAAAGAAUAUAUUUAAAUUAGAAUAUGGGAAGAGUGAUGGGAGGCAUAGCAGCUGGAGUAACUGCAGUAAUGGUUGUUUUAAUUACUCUCACAUGUUGUCUAUGUUUCCAUCCAGCGAAUAAAGGUUAGGAUUUCUACACAAAGAUGGCACCCUAUAAAUCAUGA